AUGGAAAUAUCAAAAGUGCUAUGUAUUUUUAAUUACUUAAUAAUUAUUAACUUAUUGAUCUCAUGUUUAGCUUCUCAGCAUAAUAGAUCUGAUGGCAUCCCUAACACCUCUAUUAUGAAUGAUAGAAAGCUAGUAAGGAUUCAUUCAAAUAGUGACAGUUUUAUUAUUCCUACCAUUUUAAUUGAUUUUACCUAUGAUUUGUUGGAACACAUUUUAUAUAUAUUUCAUACAUCUCUUGAUGAAAAAAAGCAAGAAAUGUUGAGUAAAGUAAAUAAUGUAGUACAUGAAGUUCGUAACUUUAUAAGGGGAAGAAAGAAAGAAUCUUCAAUAUAUGCUAUACGACUUUUAUCUAUAUUCAUUCAUAAAGAAUUAACCCGUGUUUAUAAGAAAAUAUCCGAAGAGGAAGAUAAUGAGAAAAAAUGUUUCACUGAAUAUAUAAAUUAUUGGUCAAAAAUUAGAUCUGAUUAUAAUAAUAUGAAUAAACAUAUGUAUCACCAAUUAGCAUUUGGAGAUCAAACUAAUAAUAAGAGUCUUGAAUGGAAAAAAGUGAAAUGGAAUGCAUGGAAUGAACCAUUCCAUGAUUAUUUAGUGAAAGAAAUUAAAAGAAAUUAUUUGGAUUUCAUAUGCAUGAUGCAUAAAGGAUAUGAUUAUAAUCGGGUUAAAAAACAUUAUGAAAAGAUAAAGUAUCUUUGGGAUGAAGAUAUGAGAAAUAUGUGGACCAAAUGGAAUUGUUUUUUAGAAAAUAGUUUGCAAGAUCUAGAUGAAGAAGAAAGAAAGAUUUAA